CGGCCGAGGCGGAAGAGAUGGCGAAUUCUACUCUGUCCUCUCCCAGCACAGCGGGAAGGAUGUGCACGCAGUGGAAUUACAGUACGGCCUCCCUCCGGGCGCCUCCUUUGGAUUACUCCUUCCGGGGCAUCAGCUUCGUGCAAGACCUGCUGACGGAGGAGCCGCGUCCUGGCCUCAAGCCCAUCAAGCAGUCAGAGGCGGGCCGGAUGAUGACCCAGGCCAUCCGGCUCAACAACAACACCCUCAAUGACUUGACCCACUUCCCAGAGAUCGUGGCACAGCUGGUGGAGUAUCCUGAGGAGAUCUACUGGAUCGACCUCUCCUUCAAUGACCUGCCCACCAUCGACCGGAUGCUGACCACCUAUUACAAUCUGCACAACCUCAAUCUCCAUGGCAACAGCAUCCAGCAACUGUCGGAAGUGGACAAGCUGGCCGUGCUGCCUCACCUGCGGAGCCUGACGCUGCACGGCAACCCCAUCGAAGAGGAGAAGGGCUACAGGAGCUACGUCGUGUCCACCUUGCCCCGACUGAAGUCCUUCGAUUUCAGCGGCGUCACAAAGCUGGACCGCUCAACUGCCGCCGUUUGGAGACGCAUGAACAUCAAGCCCAAGGUGGUCCGGAGAAGACGGGAUGAUUACUGACCGCCACGCCGCUUCUGCCGGACGGACGGCAGCGAG